UCCUUUCCCAUAGACCACACAUUAAAUCAUCGGAGCAAAAUGAAACUCUUCGUUGUCGCCACUCUUGCCUUGGUCGCCUUCGCUUCGGCUGAUGUCAGCCAUUUGUCGAGGACGUACUUGCCACCAUCUUCUUACUCUUCGGGAGGCGCUGCUGGUGGUUCAUACUCUUCAGGCGGUGCUGGAGGUUCAUACUCUUCAGGCGGUGCUGGUGGUUCAUACUCUUCAGGCGGUGCUGGAGGUUCAUACUCCUCAGGCGGUGCUGGUGGUUCAUAUUCCUCAGGCGGUGCUGUUGGUCCAUCCAACGAAUACUUGCCACCUGUGCAAAGCUACUCACCACCUGCUCCAGUAUACUCUGCCCCAGCUCCAGCUCCAGUGUACUCUGCCCCAGCUCCAGCUCCAGUAUACUCCGCCCCAGCUCCAGCUCCAGUAUACUCUGCACCCGCUCCAGCUCCAGUUUACUCUGCUCCAGCUCCAGCUCCAGUCUACUCUGCACCAGCUCCAGCUCCAGUCUACUCUGCUCCAUCAUACUCCUCGGGCGGUAGCAGUGGCUCUUACUCCAGCGGCGGUUCAUACUCGAGCGGUGGUUCAGCUGGAUUCUCUGGCCCAUCCAACACUUACUUGGCUCCAGCUGCUCCAAGCUACUCAUCAGGCGGUUCAUACUCAUCUGGUGGAUCUGCUGGUAUUUCUUCCGGUAUCUCAGGCGGUUCUGCUGGUGGCUCUUACUCCAGCGGUGGUUCAUACUCGAGCGGUGGUUCUUCUGGAUUCUCUGGUCCAUCCAACACUUACUUGGCCCCAGCUGCUCCAAGCUACUCAUCAGGCGGUUCAUACUCAUCUGGUGGAUCUGCUGGUAUUUCUUCUGGUAUCUCUGGCGGUUCUGCUGGUGGCUCUUACUCCAGCGGUGGUUCAUACUCGAGCGGUGGCUCUUCUGGAUUCUCUGGCCCAUCUAAUACUUACUUGGCUCCAGCUGCCCCAAGCUACUCAUCGGGUGGUUCAUCCUACUCGUCGGGUGGUUCAUCCUUCUCGUCCGGCGGUUCAUCGUACUCUGGCGCCGAUGUUGGUACCCAAUAUGCCUCCAACGGUGGUUAUGUCUACAAAAAGAAGUAA